AUGAGUCUUUCAACUCAACAAGCUGACAAUGACAGCCAGUAUCUGAUGGUGGCAAAGUUAGACAACGCUCGACAUGUCUCCACAAUUCUUAAAGCCAUUCAUUUCAAAGAUACAGCGACAGUAUUUGCCAGUCCAAUGGGAUUAAAAGUUACAACAGAAGAUGCUAAAUGUGUUCAAGCCAAUGCAUUUAUUCAA